GCAUUCACAUUCUGACAUCUCCGCCUCUUAAUGCCUGAGGAUAUUACUUUACUGUACCGCACGCAGGAGUACGCCUUUGACCUAGAAAGAUCGUCCUUUUAGUAUGCUGACAGAAAUCGAGACGAUGGCUUAUGCAACCGAGAUCAAGCUAAGUGGAGGCAGGGGGGCCUGGAGUGGAGUGGCUCCUUCCUCCUGCCCCGAGGUUGACCUGGAAGUCAUCGAGGAGUACCUACAGGAGCAUUCACUGGAGGUCCAGCCUGCACAGACGCCUGCAUCACCUCUGCCCUCAAUGGGGCAACACAUACACUCCCACCAAGGCACCAGAAUUAUAGAGAAUAGUUGGUCAGGUCAGCAUGCUUAUGAGUGGCACUGUGGCCCUCACAGUGAGGAAUACAGACAGCAGCCUGCAGCCUGGCCUAGUCCCCAUGACAACCAAUGGGGACACAUAGCAUAUUCCGAUGAGGCAUCUGGAUACAUUGACUCAGAUUCCCAGUCUAGUAGCUCCCAGUACCAGGAUUCGCCGUCACCAUCCUCUGACACAGGGAGCAGGAAGGACAGAGAUCCCCUGCCUCUUGCACCACUGUCAGGAAAGAGGAAGGAGCGGCUGUUCCAGUUCCUGUUUGAGAUGCUUCAGACGCCAUCGAUGCGUAGCUGCAUCUGGUGGGUCCAGUCCUCCUCUGGCACAUUUCAGUUCUCUUCCCAAAACAAGGAGAGCCUGGCCCAGCUGUGGGGUCGGCGAAAGGGGAAUCGCAAGCCCAUGACGUACCAGAAGAUGGCACGGGCUCUAAGGAACUACUCUCGCACAGGCGAGAUUCACAAAGUUAAACGGAAGCUCACCUACCGCUUUGAUGAGAAGACGCUAAAAUGUCUACAGGGAGACUCAAAUACAAUGUAGAAACAAUGACUGAGAAUCUAUAUUAGCAUAGAAAUAGAAUAAGGACAAAGGAUGUCAAGGGAAGUCCCAUGAAUCUCUUGUCUGCUUAUUAUAGUUCUGUGGCAUUUUUGAAUAACAAAUGAAUACUGAGUAUUUGAAAGCCAGAAACGGAUACACCGUAGCUCAGAGUCAGUUAUACAUACAGACCCACAUUGUAUUCAGUGUGAGGGGAUGAACUGGAAACGCAAACUUCAGGUACAGGCUAGGUGGGAGAGGUAAUCUGGCUUUUAUCAUGUAAAUCGAAAAGGUUAUUGUAUAACAUCUACUUUAUAAGUAGAACUUAAAUCCUUUAAAGAAAAGUAGCAAAUUUCUCUUCUUUGUGUGUGAUUCUGUAUCGCAGAUAUUUAGCAGAUACAGUAUACAAUCAUCUUCUUCAUUUUGGUUAAGAAAACAUGAUCUGUUUGUGUCAAAAAUGUCUCUUUUUUUUAAUGAUAAAAUAAAUCUACACAUAUUUUCAGAACAUCUGACUAUAUGCUUGUCUGUGUCUGUCUAAAAUGAUAAAGAUAACCUGCGCAGCGCAUGUGGCUCAAAUAAACACAGAUGUGCUUUCAAACUGAAGCAAACACAGAUAUGGACAGACAGACCUGCACCCACAGCCAAAAUUGUAUGCAAAGUGAGCAUGCAGUGAAAAACCGCCACUAAAAACAGACGUGUUAAUCAGUAACAUCUAAAAAGUCCCCCAUGCACACACAGAAGACAGCACACACAGACACACACCCUAAGCUUGGAUGAGAGGUAGAGUAGUACUUUUUUUUUCUAUAAAGCUGCCAAACUGAAUUUCAGUCCCAAGUUAAAUAAACAAUAGUACAAUAUGUAUAUCAUUCUAAAAGCCCACCCCACAUAGGUCAUCAAACUUGAUUUUAUAGAACACACUCACAGGUUUUGUUCCAGUAGUUUCUUCCUGCCACAUUAGCAAUGUCAAGUAGUAAAAGUGACUAAUUUAGUGUAUUCAUGUAUUGUAUUUAUGUAUGAUUUUGAAGUAUCUGUUUCGAUUCUUCCAUUCCAAAAGAAAGGCAGAAAAGAAAUUCUACCUUUUCCUGAAAUCCAUGUUUCCUUUGCUGUGGUUACCAAGUACCUUGUGGCUUAAAAUGUAACAUUCAAAAUUGAGCUCAUAGAUGAUGAACUCUUGUAGAUCAUUCUCUCCACUAGUAAAGACUAGUGAUUUUUAGCCUUAAGCUGUAAGGCAUCAAAAAAGGCUCAGAGUAAAAUGCAACUGUAAUAACAAUUCAGUUAGGUAAUAAAUAUAACCAUUAUAUGCCAUUAAAAACCUUUGGCUUCA